AGCGACCGCACUCAGGCAGAACUAACAGAACGCAGAGAGCCGCUUUGUUCUCAGGCAGAGCCGAAAGAUAGCGGGAAAAUGGAGCACCGGUUUCUCUGGGGCUUUCUGUUGCUGUUUCAAGUUUGUGGCUCCGGUUCGGCUGGCAAAGAGUGGAAGAAGAUGAAAGAAAAGGUGUCGGAAGCCGUUAAAGGAUACACGCCGUGCAACCCUGCGAACUGCAGCUGCCAUCUCAGCGUCCUCCGCCAGGACCUGAAGCCGUUCGAAAGGGGGAUCUCUCAGGAUGUCAUGGCGGCUACUGUUCAGAAAGGGGCGGGCACCCACUACCAGAUCAUUGCACACCAAUUGUACCGAGAGCACAGCUGCAUGUUCCCAGCGAGGUGCAGCGGGGUGGAGCAUUUCAUUCUGGAGGUGAUCGACAGGCUACCCGACUUGGAGAUGGUGGUAAAUGUGAGGGACUACCCUCAGGUCCCCGGCUGGGUGCAGCCGAUUCUGCCCGUCUUCUCGUUCAGCAAGACAGCAGAAUAUCAGGACAUCAUGUACCCGGCGUGGACGUUCUGGGAGGGCGGGCCUGCCGUGUGGCCCAUAUACCCCACGGGACUGGGGAGAUGGGAUCUGAUGAGGGAUGAACUGAAAAGGUCUGCAGCACAGUGGCCUUGGGAGAAGAAAGAGACCAGAGGAUUCUUCAGAGGCUCCAGAACCAGCCCCGAGCGCGACCCGCUUAUCCUUCUGUCCAGAGAAGCUCCCGACCUGGUGGAUGCAGAGUACACCAAGAACCAGGCCUGGAAGUCUGAGAAGGACACACUUGGUAGACCUCCAGCUAAAGAAAUCCCCCUGGUUGACCACUGUAAAUACAAAUAUUUAUUCAACUUCCGGGGCGUGGCGGCAAGCUUUCGCUUCAAACAUCUCUUCCUCUGUGGCUCGCUGGUCUUUCAUGUGGGCGACGAAUGGCUGGAGUUCUUCUACCCUCAGCUCAAGCCCUGGGUCCACUACAUCCCCGUUAAGCAGGACCUAUCUGAUGUCAGGGAGCUGCUCCAGUUUGUCAAAGAAAAUGAUGCCGUCGCACAGGAGAUCGCCUCCAGGGGUCAGGAAUUCAUCCUCAACCACCUUCAAAUGGAAGAUGUUUCCUGCUACUGGGAGAGACUGCUGACCGAGUUUAGCCAGCUCCUCACCUACAAACCUAAAAGAAAGAGCAACUACAAGCAGAUUGUCCAGAAGCCCGUAAAAACGGAGCUUUAACGCUGCAGGACCGGAGCAGCUAUUUUGAAGGAGAACUUAACAGUGAUGAAUGUAUUUUUUUUUGUUUUUUUACCAUUUGUUUUCCAAUUUUGAGAAGAAAAAAAAAAUCAGUUUUAAAACUUGUCCGGAUUUGUUUCAUAUAUUUUUUUUAGAUAGUUCUCCAUACCGCCACUAGAGGGCGUGUGCAUCCACACAGUAUACUGGUUCAUGAGGACAAUUUGGUGUCAAAAAUACUCCAUCCCCAAUGUUGUCUAAUGGUACAUCUGGAGAGAAAAGUAUUUAAAGGUCAGUUUUACAGUAAGAUUAGACAUGAACAAGGCCCGGAGAGGUGGAGAAAUGUGUAUUAGGUCGAAGGAAAGAUUUCUAGCUCACUGUAGAAUUUGAUCCCAACAAAAUGCAAACAUUUUUAGGAAAGUAUCUAGUUGCUUUUCCAACAGGUUUUUAGCACUUGAAGAAUGCCGUUUCCUCUUACGCAAAGUGCCAAGGGACAAUAAUAGUUUUCACGUAGACAUGUUUAAUGCUAGAGGUUUAACACAUCAUUUUUUGUGUGUGGAAUAAAGGUAACAGGGUUGGUGUUAAGAGGUGAUUGAUGACAUCACUAAAGCAGGAUUUUACUGAAUAUGUUGUAGUAUUCUUACAGUCCUGUCGGCUAGACUUGUGUUUUUGUUUUUUGUAGUUAAAAUUUGGAAAUUUCUUACA